UACUAAAAAUCGGUGAUGUUGUACUCAAAACCAGGGAAUUUCAGAGGGGACCUUCCCUCCUCAGAGCUCUGUGCAGCACAUAAAGCUUUAAUUCCACUGCUGGCUCCGUCUUCUCUCUUCCAGAACAUCCCAGAGUCUGGCCACAAGUAUUACCUGCAGUUCAGCACCGAGGACUACAGGACUGGGGAAGAUGCUGGGAACUGCCUGGCUACAGUGCUGUAUCCAAAGAAAAAGUCUCCUCCUGUUGUCAGCAUCAAGUGCUCCCACACCAAAGACCAGAAGGAAAUCCAGGAAGAGGACAACAGACUUUACCAAAGGAUCAGGCACCAAAGCAAACCAAUAACUGGGAACAACAUUCCAGACAGCUUUGGCAACAUUGAGCCUGCCCUGGAGCCAGUGUGGGCUCUAGCUGUGGCUGGCAGCAGCUCCAUCAUGUGGGAAAAGUCCACGGAGACCUUGGGAUACUUCCUGGCCCAAGUGAAGUCCGUGAGGCAGUGGAUCAGGAAAGAUGAUUUUAUUGAGUUUGACUACACUGUGCUACUGCAUGAAAUCCCAACCCAGGAGAUCAUUUCCUGUCACAUGCGCCUGAUGUGGCUCCCUGGGCACCCUCUGAAAGUGAAACAUUUCUGUGCUGCUGAGAGCCACGGUGGGGAUGAGGGAUCUGGGGCAGAAUCUGGAUCAGCUGCUGGGCCUGCAGCUGAAAAAGGAGCAAAUUUUUAAUUGAAAUCUUCAGUUUUGUGGAAAUGGAUCCAAUCAGCAAAUCCUUGUGUUGACAGACCUGGAGCUGGGAUCAUCCUUCCAUGGAUGUCAGUGAAUGGGAGUGGUUUCACUGCUCUGUUCUGUGCCAAAAUUCAUUCCUGACACUUCUUCAACUCCGAGAAUCAAAUUCUGCAGCUCUGCCUGAACCCUCUGCUACUCCAUAUAUUCACAGAUGAACAUACAGCAGUUGAUUUGAUGUCACUGAUUAACUGUCACUUAAGAGUUUGUAAACAAAAUUAAUAUAUUUGGAUAAAAAUCGUGAAAAAAGUGUUAAUCUGUCACUAAGAGAGACUUGCCUACUAAUUUUUUGUCAUGUUUUGGGCUAGAAUCCUGCUGAUUUUUAACUCACAUCUCCAAUAAAUCAAAUGCCAUCAC